AUGGAUAUAUCCUAAAUUGCAUAGGAAAAUUAAAAUUUAUAAACAUAAAUCCCAUAAUAAGAAUAAUCUACGCUUAUUAGUGAAAUCUAAAAAGACCAAAAUGUCGAAUAAACGCAGAUUGAUUAGCAAAUAGCUUUAAAUACAGAAAAUACAGCUUCUAAAGAAACCAACCAAAUUAACUAAAUUUUAUAAUCAAAUGAAGAAAAUAAGCUAAUCGAAAAUGAAUAACCCUAACUGAAUGAUUAAAAAAAAGAUUAAUAAUUAUUGACUGUAGAUGAGUAGUCCCAAAAAAUGCAAGAGGAACUUGAAAUACCAACUGAUAAGGAAUAGUUAGUGUUAGCAAUACCCGAAAAAAAGAAGCAAGGAAAUAGUUAACCAUUUAGAUUUGAAUAGUAUCUUCCAAAGAGAGAAACUAGAUCAUAGGCAGAGAAUAGGAAUGGGAAUAAAAGCAAUAGCAUUAGCAGCUAAUAAAAUAAACCCAAGCAACUUUCCAGAAAGUAAGCCGAAGUAGCAGAGAUGAUGAAGGAAGAGUAGCUUGACCAAAAGACUAGAGGGAAAAAGAAUAUAAAUUAUAAAAUUCUAGUUAAUUAACCUCAGUAAUUUGGAAAUGAAUUACCUUAAAAAGGUUUAAGAGCUAAAGACCAUAAACUAUAAGCAAAGCAACAAAAGAAAAACCAUGAAAAUUAAAAUAAUUUAGAAGAAAGUGAUUUUGUAUAACCUACUGUAACUAUAGAAUAGCCUUAAAAGAAGAGAGGUAGACCUUCCUUAGGAAGCAAUUAAUAAUUUUCUUCAGAUUAACCAGAAAAAAAUAGCACAGCAAGUAGAAAAGGAAAAAAUAAUGGAAAUUAAAAUUAAGCAGGAAGCAGUUAAAAUUUAAAUGCCUCUAAUGCAAAUAGUAAAUUAUUAAGCUCAAUCCUUGAAGGAGGAGCAACUAACAAUACAAGCAUGGUGAAUGAAAAUAGUAACAGUUAAGCCUUUUAGUAAUAAUCAUAGCAAAAUUAACAAACAUCUUACUCAUCAGAUUAAGCUAAAAAAAGUACUGAAAUACCAUUCAGAUCAGAUGCUCCUGACUAUUUACUAGCUCUUAUAGAUAAUACAAUUGAGCGUGAUAUUCACUCUUUUCUUCGUAAAAAAUUUGCUGGAAACCAUAUAGAUGAAGUAAUUGAGCCUUCGAAUAUGAUUACUUAGAAAGUUAAAAAGCAUGGGAGAUUGUAAUAUUACUUACCGUUCGAGUAAACUAAGCUUUAUUAAUAUAAAGAUGUAAUUUUAGAAUCAAUAUAGUCAUAGUCUUCUAAAAAGAAUAAAAAGAAGAAAAGUACCUCAAAUAAAAAUAAAAAAAAGAUACCACCUUCGAAGUGUUAGUAAAAAAAUUAAAAGCAGCAAGGAGUUGACUAGUAGAAUAAUACAAUUAAAAAUGAUCUAAUGGAAUAAAGUUAGCAAUAAGAUGAUGAAAACUCACAAACUUUUACAGCAUCUUAGAACGGUGACAUCAAAUUAUAGCUUUAGAAUGAUAAAUCAAUAGAAAUUUAAGUUUCGGGAUAUUCUAAAUAAAAUAAUAAUGAUGAUGUUGCAGAGAGAGAUUGCCAAUAAAUUAAUAGUAAUGUUUAAAUAGAAAACAGCUAGAAUAGAUCAAAUUCUUAAGCUAGUUAAAGCUAAAAUAAUAACUCCGUAAUUAUCUCCCCACAAUAAUCAUAGAAUUCCAAUAAUGAAGAAGAUUAAAUGGAUAUAGAAGAUGAUGAUCAAAUAGAUGAGCAGUAGAUUUUAGAAGAAGUAGAUGAUAAUAAUUCAGAUGAAGACAUUUUUGAAGAAUAUAUCAACUAGUUUACAUAUGAAGAUGAAAUAAGAUAAAUCGAAACAUCAAACCUCUCAUCAUAUUUUAAGCAACUCUUUUUGAAUGAUUUUAAUUUUUAAAUCCCACUCAAAGAUUUUAGCUAUUCAAAAAUAAAUUAUUCUGAAAUUAUACCAUAACCUUAACUCAACUGUUUAACUUAAACUAAAAUGAACUCAAUCGAUGCAAUACGUGCGAGGGCAGAAAACAACACAUAUUAUGAAUUUUAAGAGUUUGAUAGGGAUAUGAGAAAGUUAUUUAACUAUACAUUAAGAUUUAGGUGUAAAUCUGUCUAAUCUUUUCAAUAUAUGACUUACUUGAUUAAAGAUUAUUAUGAGUUUGUCAAAAAAAAUAAUUCAAUUAACUAGAUUGAAGUUAUAAAGAGGAAGGAUAUUCACACUCUAGUAAGAGGUGAUCUAGAUAAUAAAAUGUAAGUCAAAAAGUGGCCAAUUAUACCUACUUCCUAUCGUAAUUAUAUCCAAAUUACAGAAUAUGAUCCUUAGCCACCUUCAUUUGAAAAAUAAAUUAAAGAAAAAUUGAAAUCUAAAAAAGAACCUGUUAAAUGCGAUAAAAAAUGUGUUUGCAAUAGCUUUUCAAAAAUGGGAGAUUUUAAUUUAGAAGCAUGUACAUGGAAUAGUAAAUGCUUAAACAGGGCAAGCAGGGUAGAGUGCAUUGAAUGUGAAUGUAAAAACCAAUAAAUUUCUAAGAAUGAAAGAUAAGUUGUAGGUAGAGAUGUUGAAGAAACUUUGUGUUGGGGAAUAGACUUGUACACUAAAAAGAAUAUUUUUUAUAUUUUGCCAGAAAGAUAUUCUGAUGAGCAGAAAAAUAUGUUCAUUUAGUUCUAGCUGAUGAAAGCUAUAAAUCUUUAAAAAGAUAAGGGAUGGGAUAUUAUUCAUUGCUGCAACUUUAUAUUAGAAAGAAGCUAAAAUAAAAAAUAAAGGCUUGAAGAGCAAGAUGCUGAGAUAGCUGAACCUAAGUUUAACGAGGAUAGCAGAAAAUGUGCUAAAAGUAUUAUCAAGGCAAUAAAGUACAUUAAAAAAGCACUAAUUGACUAAAAUAUUGAUCCAGAAAAUCUUUACAGUGAAGCUUUUAGAAUUCACACAAAAGGGAUGGGUCUUAUUUGCAUUAACCCUAAAGGUAUAGAAUAAAAUGAGUUCAUCACUGAAUAUAUUGGAGAGAUAUUUCCACCUUGGAGAUGGUUUGAAAAACAAGAUACAAUCAAAAAAUACAUGAAAGAAAACAAUAAGAGAGACAUUCUUCCUGAUUUCUGGAAUAUUAUGCUAGAAAUACAUAAGGAUGAUCCGAAGGGAUAUGAUAUAUUAUUUGUUGAUCCAAUAUUGAAAGGAAAUUUUUCCAGCCGACUUAGUCACUCCUGUGAACCUAAUUGUGGUACAGUGCCUACAAUCACAAACACAGGAAAUUAUGUUAUUGCUAUGUUUGCUAUGCAUCCAAUAGAGUACGGAGAGGAACUGUCGUUUGAUUACAUGGCAGUGACUGAAAGCAUUUAAGAGCAUAAGAGAGCUAUUUGCUUAUGUGGUUCAAGUAAGUGUAGAGGAAGAUAUCUAGAGUUGUCGAACAGUAAUAUAAAAUAAUUUAAUUAAAUACUAGAAAAAAUACAUUGCUUCUUGAAUAGAACUUACACUCUCUACAUUGCUUGUACUGAAGAACUGAAUGAAGAAGAUGAAAAUAUUUUAGAGUAGUAUAGCUUCAGAAGCAACAUUAGAGAAAAUUCUCCUAAAUGGUUGUAAAAAUGGGCAGCCUUAGUCCUUAGAAUAAUAAACUAAGAAUAUGAUUUGUUCUUAGAGGAGUUAGUAGAAGCUGAAAAAAAGAAAGUUCAAAAAGAGGAAUCUCUUGUUAACCUAACUUAGGAAUAAAUAAACUAAAAAAUAGAUUUGCCCUAUUUAAAGUACCUAGCAUAAUCAAGGAAGGAUGCUAGAAUAUAAAACAUAGUCAUAUCAAUAGACAAAAUCAAAUACUACACUAAUUAAAUUAAUGAUUCAAGUCCUCCUCUACUUAACAUGCAAAAUGAUCAACUUUUAGAAAAUUAUUGGAUUAAGACAGAAAAUACCUUGAAAGACGAUUUACUUGAAGUUCUUCAAUAAAUUCAUAGUAAAGUGAUAAAUUAUUAACUUGUAGAGUAUGCCCACAUUAUAAUAACUAAUGCUACUAAAAAGAUCUAAAUAUUUUAGAAAUUUGGCUAAUUCGAUCAUGGCUUGCUUGUAGUAAGGGUUGUUGUGCUAAUUAUAAGUGACUUUUUCUUAUAAAUGAAAAAUUGCAAUUUACAGUCAGAUGCUCUUUCUUUGAUUCUGCAUUUCCAUGCCUUCACUCAUAAGUAUUUUAAAACACAUAGUUACAAGAAAUUCACAAGCGAGGAGCAAAUUAUUCAAAAAGAAGAUAUUAUUAAUGUAGAAUUAUUUGAUGAAGACUAACAAGGGAACAUACAAGAGUUUACCGCUUAUUCUGAUAAAAAGACAUAUACAUCUUUGUUUGUGUGGGGUUAAUUAAAUAUGUGGUACAAAUAAUCAGUAACAAACCCUGCUACUACUCUUUCUCUCGAACGUAGAGGUCCUCUUAUUUAUCCCUAACUCUCCAACUCCUUUAAAGAGAGUUCUACCCUCUAUCCUUUUGUAGACAAUAAAUAAGCAGAAAAUCCAAAAUAAGUUUUCAUGGAUCACUUAAAGACCAAGCCAGAAUGUUAUUGGCCAGGAGAUAAUUUUAAUAAGUGGAGUUUUAAGAAUCAAAUGAGUCAAUAUGGAAGUUUUAUGUAUGAUAGCUUUUGCUAUAGUAAUGAGUUUCCAAAUUACAUAGAGCAAGUUUUAGAAGUACAUCAGAAGUCAUUUAAAGAAAAAAUGGAUUUUUUGAAAGAAGUUGAGAUUAAAUUAUCAGGGUUAAGUAUGCAGGCAAUAGAAGAUAUAAUAAAUAGUGUAAUAGAAGAUUCUCCAGAAAGUUAUUAUGAAACUAUUCAUGGAGUUAAAAAGAAUGUAAAGUUAAAUCAACCCUCACCUAACAUAUAAAAAUCUGAGCAAGUUUAGUCUGCAGCAGCUGAAGCUCUUACUUAGGCUACUUAAAAAAGAAAGAAAACAACUAAAGGAUAGCCUUUAGAUGAAGUGUUAGACACCACUAAAAACCUAAAAUAAGAUAUUUAAAAUUAAAUUAUAUAGGGAGGAAAUAUUUUAAAUAAUAACUUGAUUUCUUUUAUGCAAUCACCAUAACAAUAAGCUCAACAGCAAUAAAAUCAAUUGCAGUAAAACAUUUUGCUUACCUAAUACCAAUAAUAAUUUAAUGGAUUUUUAGAUAAUUCUACUAUAAAAAAUUUAGACUAAAUCAUUUAUUAGUAAUAGCAGCAAUAAAUUAACCAACCUCAAUAGAAUACUUAACAAAAAUAAAACCAAUAAAUUUUAGAACAGCUUAAAAAUCCUAUUAAUGAUAUUACAAAAGUUUCUCCACCUUUAGCUCCUUACUUUAAUAAUACGCCGCUUAAUUAAUUUUAAAAUAACUUACUAUCUCAGCCCUAUUAAGCAUAAAGUAAUUCUCUUAAUUAAGGAUAUUUAAAUAUGUAAGCUCCUGUUAACUAAGCUGCUUAGCAAUUAAUAAAUCAAACCAAUACUAUCCAGUAAUAUUAAUAGCAGUAGCACUAGUAAGUCCAAUAGCAGUAGUAAUAGCCAUAAUAUUAGUAAUAGCAUCAUCAAAAGCUUCAAUAGCAUUAAUUCUAAAAUUAAAAUUAAAUAAUAGGUUUAGGAUCUUAGUAGAUAUUUUAAAAUUCUAAUUAGUAUUAAUAGCAAUAAAAUAAUCCACACUAAUUAAUACAAAACCAAAUUUAAUUACAAAAUCAGCAGCAAACUUAGCAGAAUGCACAAUAUCUUCCUUAGUAAUAGUAGAAUUUGAUCUAGGGAUAACCUUAGUAGCAUACAAUUUAGUAAGUUAAUUAUGGGAUCUAAUCUUAAAAUAUUUAUUAAAACUAAAAUAAUCAACUUCCAUUACAGUAAAUGCAAUAAAAUCCUUAAUUAUUUUCAAACGUUCUUUAGCACCCUUAGUCUUAACAAUAAUAACAUUUAAGAAUGCAAUAGAAUUACUAGCUGAAUUAAUAGUAAAGUCAAUCAUAGCCAUUAAUCGGUAAUAGUAAUCAAAUUAAUUAAUAAUAAUAAGGAUCUAAGAGUCAGUAAAGUAUUAAUCUAGCGAGUUAGGCUAAUAUGAUGGCUAAUUAUUCUAAUUAGUAGAUUUCAAAGACUCUUGAUAACAUGCAAUAAAUUCCAGCUUAGUAGUAAAUGAGUUAAGUUUAAUAAGCUUAGAGACUUUCUCAAAAUGAUAUAGGCUCUUUGGCUGAAAUAAAUUCUCAAAAGAGCUUAGGAAAUAUUCCAGGAUUACAUUCGCCUGCAGCUAUUAGUGGUGGAAUAUCCCCCAUUUUAGCAUAAGGGGCAAGUGCUAAAAAAAUAGACUAGAAAAAGUUAGAUGAAAAAAGCAGUGCACCAACUCAACCUAUUAAUAAUAGCCCUUCAUCGUAAUAAUAAUAAUCAAAAUAAGAUUAAAAAUAACCCUUCCCUCCUCAACUUUCUGCACAAGCAAAAGAAUAGCAACCUGCUCAAAAUCCUGCUAACCCACAACAAAACUAAAUUUAAUAAGCUCCUAAUCUUAUUUCACAAAACCAAUUAGUAUAACAACCUAAUUAAUAAAUUAACUAGAUAGAUUAAAGCAGAGGUAAAAAUCUUGUUAUCAAUACAGGAAAUAAUUAUAGAGCAAUUAAUUUCUUUGCAAGUGAAAACGAUUCCUCUCUGCUUAAUGCUCAAUAGACCUUACAAAAGUAAUAUUCAUAAGGAUCGUAAUAGUAUUAAGCAUAAUAUUAGAAUCCUUAUAAUACUACUGUUUCAUAACAAAUUAACAACACAUUCGGGCUAAACUAUUUCGAUGAUCCUACUAGCCUAAUAAAAUAUUAAAAUUAUGAUUAGCAAAACUAGGGUGAUGAUAGUCGCAACAGAAAUUCCUCAAUGAUGAGUAAUAACUCAUUCUUAUCACAAAAGAAUGCAGCAGGUAAUCCUUAAAAUCCUCUAUUAGCAUAAUAAAUUCAAAAUUAAAUGGAGGUUAUUAGUUCUGCUAUAGGAAACUAUCCUUCAUAUAAUAUAAACCCAAGUAAUAACUUCUUAAAUCAAUUUAGUAUGCAAUAAAAUAGUAAUUUUUUAGGAUAAACUGGAUACCCUUAAGGCUAAUUUAAUGGUUUAGAUGAUAAAGUAUCUAUGAAGAAUACACCUCCUCCAACACCAUAACAACCAGCUUAAUUUAACUUGUAUAGCAAUAAUCUUUAAUAGUUUUCUUAAUACCCUACAGAGUUAAGUCUUAAUAGGACUUCUUCAUAUGGGGGGUAGCAAAAUAUGUAUAGUUAAUAAACUGCAUAAAAUCCUUACAAUAGUAUUUUAAAUUAAGAGCAGGAUUUCUCCCAUAGAGUAAAUUCUUUAAAAUCUUUCUAACAGGUUGCUCCAAUAAAUGCAAAUAUUAACUCUGAGGCACCUAAUAAUAGCUACUAGAAGAAUGAAAUAGCUUCUCCCUCUUCUUUCUUUGAAAAAACAAUGUUUUCAAAUGCUUGCAAUUAAGAAUCAAAUUAAAAUUUUGCUGGCUAGCAACUGCCUCAACUAUAGCAAUAGUAUUCAAGAUCAAACCAAUAGUAAUAACAAUAAUAACAACAAAGUACUGGAUAAUAUUAGUUAAAUUAUACUUAGAAUGAAAUAUAUUAAUAAUAAUAGCAGCAGUAGCAUCUGCAAUAGCAAUAAGCAUAACCUUAAUCUGAAAAUACAGGAAAUGCCGAAUAAGCAACAACAGCAACUUAGAAAAACAUUGAUUAAAAUUUUAUAUGA